CUCUCCCGGCGCACGGUGCUCCCAGACCCAGGGUAGAAGAGGAGGCUGCGGGGGGUUGUUAACGUGUUAUAAAAGAGCGGGAAAGUAGUAAAAGAAUACACGUAAGGGCUAGGUUAGCACGUUAGCUCUGAUGCUAGUGCUCCCCGUGAGGUUAAUCAAGGAUACCCGGAGGGAGGAGCACAUGUCGGGCUGGUCAACGCUUCCGAUGAGCUACAUGGAUGUUUUAUGCGAGCUGGUGAUUGGAGUUCACUUAAUAAUACUUUCCCUCGACGUGACGGUCGUCACAGCCCGGUAGCCGUGUUCCCUUCGGUGCGUCCCCGCGUCGACGGCACGGAGCUCCGGUAACCGGCUGGUGAAUAAAGAGCUCCAUGAAGAGGUGGAUACUCGUUUAUCAGGGACCUACGGGCACGGAACACCUGGGAAGGGCAGGAUGGGCGCCUCCUUGUCUCCACCUGCUGCUCCUCCAGUCUGGGCGGAGGCCUCGGCGGCCGCCCCCCCUCAGGCCUGUCCCAUGCACCAAGAAGCCCCGCCUGCUGAAGCGGCUCCACCUGUGGAGUGCCCCAUGCAUGCAGCUCAGCCCGUGACAGCUUCCCCCCCGCCGGAGUGUCCGAUGCACCGAGCGGCACCGGGUCCAGUUCACCAGGACCGGGCCUACGACUUCGUGGAGUGUCCCAUGAAAGCUGCAGAAAGCACGAAGAGCGACAUCGACCCGGCCAACAUGAUGCCUCCUCCCAACCAGGUGCCAGCUCUGGACCAGCCCUUCGCCCUCCCCCUGGCCAGAGAGGAGUCCACAAUUCCUCGCCACGACACGGAGAAGAACUGGGUCUACCCGUCCGAGCAGAUGUUCUGGAACGCCAUGCUGCGGAAAGGGUGGCGCUGGCGUGAAGACGACCUCGCCGCUCAAGAUAUGAGCAACAUCAUUAAAAUCCACAACACCAACAACGAGCAGGCCUGGCAGGAGAUCCUGAGAUGGGAGGCGCUGCACGCCGGCGAAUGUCCUUGUGGGCCGACCCUGAAGCGGUUCGGGGGUAAAGCCAAAGAGUUCUCCCCCAGGGCUCGGAUCCGCCACUGGAUGGGCUACGAGCUGCCGUUCGACCGCCACGACUGGGUCAUCGACCGCUGUGGGAGGGAGGUCCGCUACGUCAUCGACUACUACGACGGAGAGGUCAACAAGGACAACUACCAGUUCUCCACGCUGGACGUGCGCCCCGCCUACGACUCUCUGGGCGCCGUCUGGGACCGCAUGAAGGUCACCUGGUGGCGCUGGACCUCCUAGGACACACACACACACACACACACACACUCACACUGGCGCUCCUUAUGCUCCUCACAGGACGUGAGGCGCUGGGAGGGAAACCCAGAACUCGUGAAAUGACUGUGGCUCCAUCUCAUCGUCGUGACCCCGAGGAACGUCUUCUCUUGUGCUGCAGGUCAAAGGUCAGCGGGCGUCUCGCACGCCGACAGUAAGGAACACACGGUCUGUUGUCCUCGGGAGGUCAUCGCCCAUCUGGGCUCGGGCCUAAAUUAUUAUUUAGUAUCUAACGGACUAGAGGUCAGCAGACGUCUUCUGCUGCUUCAGUUUGAACCCUUCAUUCUUUGACCUCUUGACCUUUCCUGCAGUCCCACGCUGCCUUCACGUUAAAGCCGCUCUGACUCGCCGGAGCAUUUAAAGUAAAACACGAGUCACUGCUCUGCUGCUUCACAGAGUCUUUGAACAUGAGAAGGAAAGUGAAUGUUCUUGGGAAAUGAUUCCAUGAGCUGAACGUGAACUUCUAGUUUCACCUGAAGGAAGUUGAAUCUGAAGGUUCUGUUCAGAAUCACAUGUUCAGAUGGUUCUGGACUGUUUCUCCCUGUUGUGCUCAAAGGUUUCAGCUUCAUGAAUAGCUUCUAUUCUUCAUUUGGAAUCGAUGUUUGUAUAUAGUGAACAUAUAUAAAUAAAAUACAAGUCCCACUCGGA